GAUGCUGUCAGAAGCGUUGAACAAAGGACUCAAAUGCAAAGGAUGCGUGUUUAUUAAACUUUGGGAACAGCAACCUCCAAAGUAGUGACACAAGUCAACAACAACAACAAAAAAAAAAUAAAGAAUGUCUGGGAGCUCCAUAGCUGUCCGUAACUGCUCAGCGGACAGCACAAGUUGUGGAGACCACCCAAGGUACAGUGCCCACACUGGACGGGGAACGAGACGAGUCCAAGAGAACAGCAAAGGCAACGAUCAGCUGUCACUCCUCGUCUAAGCGUCCUGGGCACAAACGGCGAAACAGGUACAAUACAGAACACAAACAGAACGAAGCAAAAACAAACAUGAGAUGAGCAUGAACUGAUCAACUGACAAAAAAGGGCAGACAGCAGAGAUUAUAAGGGGAACGGGAACAAGUGACAGGUGAGGGAAAUCAGCUUGUGAUAUGUGCACCUGCGCUGCAAAAUCAGCGAUGACUGCCCAGGUCACGAGCUGCAGAAAAUGACAGGAUACACACACAGAAAACAAGAUGAAGCCGAUGAUGCACUCUGAACCGUAACAGAUGCAAUUAAUUGUUUGACAGCAGUAUAUAUGUAUAUUAUAUAUAUAUAUAGCAUAAAUAGCAUAUCAGUCUGGCAAAUAAAUAUUGCACUUAAUGUGCUUUACAAUGGCAUCAGUCAGCUUUUAACUGAUAGUCGCCUGACAUGAGCAUGCAAAUAUGCUGUGAUAUAGUAAAGACGUCUUACGCCUGUUUCACACAUUCACACAUUGAAGUGUGUAUGUGGUGAGUUUUUUUGUUUUUCGUACCCAUUUUUUUUCUUCUUUUUUUUUUUCAUGCCCAGCUUUCACACUGCACGCGGAUGAGGUUACAGUGCAUCAAUCAUUUUCACACCGAGUCUGUCUGUAUGUCCAAAAUCAACAGUAUUUUGAGUCCACAGUGGUAUGAAAAAAAACAAGGUGGUUGGAUAUUAUCAAUUUUUAUCUUUACAGGAUAUCACAUGUUCAUGACCACAUUUGCAAAAGCAGAACACUUUCAGAGCAGUGCAGUUCACUUGAAGCAACAACUUCUAAUAAUCUCACAUUUAACUCCAGCAGACUGAAUGUCAUCUUAUGGCAAUAUCAACAUUCCCGGUACACAUGGGAUGGACAGUGAAGAUGAAGAAGAGAUGAAUAUCUAUGCUAAUAUUGAUCCUAUAAACAGUUUUGAUUUCAGGACAGAAACAAAAAACUCAGACACCAAGAGACACCAAACACCUCAACACACAGAAAGUGAUAGUGUGAAGAUCAGAAGCUCCAGAGAAGCUCCAGUGUGUUUGGUGCUGCUGUGUGUUCUUCUGCUGACUGCAGUCAUAGUGCUGGGUGUCUACAUCCAUACAAAGAGCACAAACUACACAGAAGAGAGAAACCAGCUACUAAACAUGAUUACCAACCUGACAGAAGAGACGCAGCAACUACUAAUCAACCUUACUGAGGAGAGAGACCAGCUACUAGCCAACAAUACCAACCUUACUGAGGAGAGAGGCCAGCUACUAACCAGGACCAUGCAAUUGACAAAAGAGAGAGAUGGAUUAUCAUCAAAUAACAAUGACCUUAUUAAAGAAAGAAACAAAUUAAAUCAGGAGAAAAAUGAACUGUUAAAAAUGGAUGGAUGGGUUCGUUAUCAAUCCAGUCUUUACUUCAUUUCCUCUGCGUGGAAGAGCUGGACUGAGAGCAGAAGAUACUGUACAGACAGAGGAGCAGAUCUGAUCAUCAUAAACAACAAAGAGGAACAAGAUUUUAUUAAGAAAAUGUCUUGUACUUAUGUCUGGAUUGGUUUGACUGACAGUGAUGUGGAGGGCAGAUGGAGAUGGGUUGAUGGCAGCACACUGACCUCUGGGUUCUGGUCAUCUAAAGAGCCUGAUGGACAAAGAGGAGAAAACUGUGCUCUAACUCAUGCAUCAGGAUGGGCUGAUUACCCAUGCAAUGAUAAUUUUCAAUGUAUCUGUGAGAAGAGCAUUUUAAAUUAAGUCAAUGAGAUGCAGGAUAAUGUAAAAAAAAAAAAAAAAAAAAUCAUAAAAUUAUUAUUAUUAUUAUUAUUAUUAUUUGUUGCCAAAUGUUACUUGACGUACAUAACGAGCUAGCCAGGGCCCUGAACUGGAAUAAAAACAAAAAACAGAAACAAACUGCAUUAGCUGUUGAAUCUCAGGAGUUUUUCAGAGGAUAUGUCACCAUGGCAGGUUAUAUCCAGCAUGGUGUGUUUUAAUCAGCAAAAAUUGCAGAUCAGUGUAGAACCACUACUAUUCAGGGAAUAUAUAUGUAUAUUAGGGGUGUAACGGUACACAAACAUGACGGUUCGGUACGUACAUUGGUUUUGAAGUCACGGUUCGGUACGGGUUCGGGUACAGCCGGGUGAGAAAACAAACAAAAAAAUUCUCUUUUUUAUUAAACAAUGUUUUACUGUAUACCAACUUUGUCUCUGUCUUUAAGUGUAUUCAAUUAUAAUUAAAAUUUGAAAAAAAUCUG